GAAGUUUCAUGCACUUGCCAACUAACCACCCAGUACCGACCUGUCUUGAUUAUUUUUAAAAUAAUUUAAAAGUGCAUAAAUUAUUUACAUAGCUACUGUACAUUUAUUAUCACAAUUCCUAAUAAAACAAUGUCAUAUUUAACCCGUUUUGGAAAGUUAUAUUAAAGCACGAAGGCUUGAUGAUGUGACCGUAUUACGUUUAAAAAUAAUAUAAAACUAAUAAUACAAAAAUGUCUGAACGGAAAGGAACUAAAGCUUUGGAGUUGUGGUGUAAACGUUUAGUGAGGGACUGUCCAGAAGUGCAAAUUGAUAAUAUGACAACAUCAUGGAGAAAUGGAAUUGCAUUUUGUGCUUUAGUUCAUCACUUCAGACCAGACCUUAUUGAUAUGAGUAAAUUAAAACCAGAAAAUAUUUAUGAAAAUAAUCAACUAGCCUUUAAUAUUGCGGAAAAACAUUUAGGAAUUCCUGCUUUAUUAGAUCCUGAAGAUAUGGUUGAAAAUGAUGUACCAGACAGACUUUCAAUCCUGACAUAUUUAUCCCAGUUUUACCAGCGCUUAAGCCACACUGUGAACACAAAAGUAACCGAAAGUGAGCCAAAAAUACAAUUAUCUUCCACUAAAACAACAGAACAACCUACACCAAUAAGAUUUGGAAAGACUGGUUUAGACAAAUGCACGGCAUGUGGCCUGCCUGUUUACCUGGCACAACGUCUAAUUGUAUCCCACAAGCUGUACCACAGAAGAUGUUUCCGUUGUUCUAAAUGCUCUGGUCACUUGAACCCCAAGAGCUUUGAUUUUAUAGAAGGAUAUGAUUUCUUUUGUGAUAGUUGUAAAAAUGAAAAGUCUUUAUCUAAGUAUCUUAAUAAUAAUGACUGUGAACAAAUUGGUAUGUUAGCAUUCAAUGAUGAUUUACAUGAAACUAAAGAUAUUUCACAAGAAGAGCCAAACAAAACCAAACCAAAAUCCCGACCACAAUCUAUUCUAGAAAAAAUAAAUAUGUUUGAAAAUAUAGAUAGAGAUGCAAAUAUAGACAGUAAAAUUACAAAUCUCACAAUAAAAGACACUGUAAAUACUAGAUGUAAAGAAUUAAUGAGCACAAGUGGAAUGCCAGAUGACACAGAUCCUAAACCCACUUCUUUUGCAUCAGACAUUGAAAGUGAAAAUCACUUCAAAAAUGGCCCAGAAAAAGUCUAUAAAAGUAAUAUAGAUAAAUUUAAUUUCUUACAAACACAGUUGUCAAAUGAUACUUUAGAAGUAAGUAAACCUUUGGAAGAGACAGAAAUAACUAAAAUAAAAGACAAAGAGGAAGACUACUUAACUGAUACUAAGACAAACUUGCAAGAAGAACAGAAUCUUAUAAAUGAUAAAUCAACAACUAUACCCAAAGAGGAUAGCAACAUUACAGAUGACAGUAGACUAGCAAAUAGCCAUAGUAUUUCGACAAAUUUGAAUAGUCCUUCAUUAGAACAAAUGAAUCAAACUGAUCAAGAAGUUAAAAUAACUGUACCCCCAAGACGAAAAAAGCAGAAUGCAUCUGAAAGGGUAUUAGUUGAAAAACCAAAACUAAUAACAAAAGUCAAUAAGCAUGAAUAUCCAGACUAUUUGAAUCCUUUUUCAGAUGAUGAUGAUGAGGCAGAGGACACACAGAAAAUUUCUCCAAAGAAAGUGAGUACAAAUCCGUUUGGAAGCAGCGACGACGAAGACAACGAUCCGCCUCCUACGCAUCCUCCACCUAAAGUGCCAGCUGUUGAGGCUUCACCUGUUAAACGACUAAUAGCAGUGAAUCCCUUCUGGUCUGACGGGGAGGAGCCAUCAUCUGACGAAGAAGAUGACAGAAGCUCGAAGAUAUAUAAAUCUUCAAUGACAACAAGUACGCCGAAUCUGCCGUCGAGUACGCCGCGGCGCCUCAAGCCGAAGGCUCCUGCACCGCCCGUCAUUACUGUCACUGAAACCUCUCACUUGGAACAGCCUUGCACCUCCAUGGAUGACUUGGCCAGUAUGUCGUCGCUAAGCUCAUUCAACUCUACAUUUAAUUCAGAUCAUAAAGAUCGUUCUACUCCGAUAUUGAAGAAAAAAAGGCCCGCGCCGACACCUCCGGAUAGUCUGUCAACCGUUUCAGGACAUGGAGGAUCAUUGGAAAAAGGCAUUGACUGCUCAGGGCUACGGAGUGGUAACUCCAGCUUGGGAGGUAGAAAGAUGAAAGGACCUGCUCCUGGGCUACCAUUACCUGAGCGUCGCGAAGUGAAACUCCAGAUGUCCCCUGAGGAGCUCCAAGUGCAACUAGAUUUACUGGAAACGCAACAACUAGGCCUCGAACGGCAGGGCGUGCUCAUCGAGAAGAUGAUCAGGGAUAAGUGUGAGGGUGACGAUGCGUCAUCGGUACCGCAAGAGGAAGUAGAGGACUUAGUCAUACAACUAUGCGAAUUAGUUAACGAGAAAAACGAUUUGUUCCGAAAACAAACUGAAUUAAUGUAUAUACGACGACAACAGAGGUUAGAACAGGAACAAGCGGAUAUUGAACAUGAAAUUCGGAUAAUACAGUCACGACCAGCAGUUAACCGGAUUGACUCUGAUAAGGUACGAGAAGAACAAUUGGUGUCCAGAUUGGUGGAGAUAGUGCGCAUGCGUGACGAGCUCGUGCAACAAAUUGAAGCAGAACGACGGCGCGAAAGGCAAGAAGAUCUCGCCAUCGCCGCCUCUAUUGCUAGUAAACGAGCUCAAAGAAACAGUGAGUCAAACAGCUCAUCAAUGAAAUCUGUGGAAGUUCCCACGCCCAAGAAAAAUAAAGUCAAAGACAAAGUGAAGAAGCAGUUGAAAAAAGCCAAGCACACAUUGAUUUCCAAGAAAAAGGACGAUUCCAUUGACCAUAAGGAAGAAAAAGCUGACAAAGAGAAAAAAAAGUAAAUUGUUGCAACACUAGUGCUUCUUAAUUAUUUACUGAUUUUACUCAGAUUUAUUUACUUUUGUUACUUACUUAAAGAUUUAAACUUACUUUUUGAUAUUAUGUACUGAAAGUACUUCUAAGUAAGACUGAGACAUUCCAUAUAAAUAUUAGUGUAUUAGAAAAAAAUUAAGGAUUAUAUUUUAAUUUAUAUUCUUCAAAACAAAAAUGUGGUGAUGUUAAUAUUGGCCAAUUCUUAUAUUUGAAGACGUGGAAUUACGUGCCAGAUUUAGUAUAAACUUUUAGAUCUGUUAAUCUGAUAAUUAUUUACAGUGCCAGUUCGUAAUUACGAAAUCUUACUUAACAGCAGCUGUGUUGCAUGAUAUAGACUAUAUAGCAUUGUAUUUAAUAUGUAAUUAAGAAUCUUCAUUUCAGUCACCAGUACAAUAUAUUAUUUUAUAAGAUUCA